AUGAAACAUGGCGACCAAAAAUGGAAACUUGUGGAUGACAAGAAUUUCUACUACGAUGAUGUUAUUGUUUUCAAGGGUCAGUUUUAUGUAACUGAUAGAUGGGGAACUAUUUCAUGGAUUGAUGUUUCAUCUUUGAGAUUGAUACAAUUUUCACCUCCUUUGUGUGGUUUGGGAAACAAGAAACAUUUGGUGGAAUCUUGUGGGAGUCUUUAUGUUGUUGAUGGAUACUAUGAAAGUAGUGAAAACAUGAGGAGAAACUAUGGUGGAAGACGCCUUGAACGAGAUGAAGUCGUGGAAUGUUUCAAAAUUUAUAAGUUAGAUGAAGAAUGGGGAACAUGGGUUGAUGUGAAAAACUUGAGUGAUAGAGCUUUCAUUUUGAGCAAUAGUUGUAAUUUCUCAGUUUCAGCUGAAGAAUUAAUUGGAUAUCAAGGGAACUGUAUCUACUAUAGGGAUUAUUUUGAGGUAUAG